AUGGCAGGGGACCUACCCUCAGACUGUGUUCCUUUCCAGUGUGCUUACCAUCAGAGCAGUGAGAAACUAUUGCCUUGCCGAGACCAAGAAGUUUCAUAUGGUCUUAAUUGGGCAAUUGCUGCGAGAGGUGUCGUGGUAAAAGAUAAGGUCUUCUAUAACUUGGAGCCAGCAGAGCUUCAAAAAAGUGGUACUACUUAUGCAGAGCGUUUGUCUGGCAUUCCACUUCAUGUUAAAGGAAAUGUCAUCGGUGGGUUCCUUGGUGUUUCAGGGUCUCAAUUUGCAAAACUGCUGAAACAGGUGACCUUUCACCUUUCAUCUAUCUCAAGUCUUUAUGUCCAAGAUGGGGCCAUUGGUUCAUCUGCAGCAGCAGAAUUUGAUGUGAAGGUUCGUGUUAUUAGUGAUAACCCCUCUGCUAUCAUGUCUCUGUCCAAUGUCCUUCAGAAAGUAGCGGAUCGUGCGGUUUCCCACGACACAUGCCCUUUGACAAUAUAUGUUGCCAGUUCCAUAAGUACCAACGUCAGGAAUGCUCUUGGUUCUGGGACACAGUAUGCUAAUGGUGUUGCGGCAGCAGACAUAGAACGAUCAUCACUUAUCCUAUGCGGUAAAGCAUUUUCUGAUUCCAGUAUGCUAAAAGAUGCUCUUACUGCUUUGGCUGUCCCUAUAUCAUCUGCAAGGGGAGGCCUCCCCGUCCCUGGCUGGCUUAUGUAUUCUGGCGGUUCUGCUAUACUGUUGUUUGCUCCAGUGGAGGUCAUCAAGUCCUGCUCAGAAAUUCAGGCUGCUCUUUUGUCCACUGAUACCGGUGCUAUUAUCUCGUCUAAACAAUCUAGUGUACUUUUCCCAAGGAAUUCAAGAGCACCAACUUUGUUUACCAAACCAACUACAGUGAUUGUUGUGUCAUCUGAUAGCACUGAUGCCCUACCAGUAUUGUCAAAGCUCUCUCCAGGUCAGGCAGCUUACCAUUUCUUAGCAGGAUACCAGGAUGGUAAAUUUGUCCCAGCUUACAACACAGCCCCCUCUCCUUUUGACCCGCUUGCCGUCGCAAAUUCCUUAUUUUUGCAUUUGAAACAACAUAGUACACCAACUUAUCUGAUCAAUGCCAAGAGCUCUGGAAAGCAAAUUGAUGGCAAGGACUUCAUGAAAUUAAUCGCGCUGGCGCAAUCUAACAAUAUUCCACACAUGAACAAACCUGAAGAUACUAGAGUGGCGGAACUGAAGGGGAAGUACAGGAGCUUCUUAUCCGGCAAGUUUGGCAAAUAUUUACCUGGGGAGUUCUCCUUCUGAAAGAUACCCUAAUGCAGUAGUAGUAGUGUGCAAUAAUUCUGUACUUGUUCUUAGAUAGGUUUACAAUUUUAGAUUGAACCCGAGAUAGGUUCCCCACUCUCCUUUCACACCAAGAAAUACAUCAUUAACUUUGUUGGGGUGGAGCUACUGUACCUUCAUAUAUUCACUAGCAGGCUGUGUACAAGCGAUCAUUACUUCAGCAAGUACUACUACAGUUCUUCAGUACACUUAGUAGUACACUUGUCCUCACUUGCAGUUUUUUCUCUCCUUAUUCACCUUCCGGUGGAGACGUUUCA